GAAAGAUUUUCUGCUACAGCUUUAAAUUGCCUUACAAGAUAUCAAUUCAAACACAUAUGCAGAAUGAUGGUGAACCAGUGGUGAACACCUUUCCUUAAAAUAACAGGCCAGUUAAUGAUAAUAUUUGCAAGGGUCUUAUAUUGAUUAGUGGUCUAUGCUAACACUAUCCACAUUCUAGACAUUCAAUUCACACAUAUGCUCUUGGACUAUAUGGAAAUACUGCUAGUAAGUACUACUCAACAGACAAACAUACUCUGGUGACGACAACAGUUGAAUAAUCAUCAUGGCUGAGAAAAGAAAUGUGGAUUUGUUGAACCUGCCACUGGCAACAAUUGACAUGACUGAGGCUUUGGAAAAUCCUGAGAAAAUAGCACCAAAAGUUGUAAAAGCAAUGGAAAAUGAAGGAUUCCUCUACUUGAGAAACAUUCCUGGGUUUAAGCCUGAUGAAUUAUUGCAAUGGACAAAAUGGUUCUUCAAUCUGCCCCUGGAGACAAAAAUGGCAAUAUCGAAGAAAUGUUUCAAAGAGGACAAUUUGAAUAGCUUCAGAGGUUACUUUCCAGUAAUUCCUGGAGGGCAUUCCCAUAAAGAGGCUUUCGAAACGGGAAGUUUUGGUGAUUUCGAUCCUGUGAAGCAACAGAAUCAAAAACUGAUCAAUGGCCGUCCAUUGAUGCGUGAUGUCACCUCUGAAGGAAACAGUUGGCCAAACACAGGAACUUCCGAUGAUGAAAUCUACAGAAAAGUCAUGGAGUAUAACUAUGAUAUUUAUCGCAAGACAGCGAGCCAAGUUCUCCAAUUGAUUGCAAGAGGUAUGGGACUUGAUCCAAACUGUUUUGAUUAUAUGUUCAAUCCAUCCCCCCUUGCAACUUUAAGACUUAUCCAUUAUCCAAGCCGCGUGAAUUUUCCCCCCGAGGAAAUCCCUGAUGAGGCCAGAGAUGGGGAUACCCUUAUUACAACAGGAGAACAUGCUGAUACAACAUUCAUUACCCUCCUUGCAACAUUCGAAAACUGGGGGCUACAAAUGCUGCAAAAUGAUACAUGGGUUGAUGUUCCCCCGAUACGAGAUGGUCUCGUUAUGAACAUUGGGGCUUUAAUGACGGAUUUAUUUGGCGGUCGAUUAAAAUCAACAAUGCAUCGAGUGAUUGACCUGGGUGAGGACCGAUACUCUGUUCCAUUUUUCUAUGAGCCUCAAUUCGACACAGACAUAAGUAAAACAUUCGAUGGAAAAGAGAUUGAAAGUAUUGGACGUUACCAUCGGUACGGUCCGUGGAUGUGUAACAGAACCAGCCAAUUUAAAGAAUAUGCUACAACGGAUUUUGGUGUACUUGACUAAAACAAUUCAACAAAAUAUUACACAAGACUUUUGUAACACAUUAUGAAUGUGUCACACUGAUAAAACUGUAUAUGGGUAUAUGCACAUGUUUACAAAAGCUCACUAUGUAAGCUAAAAAUUACACAUACACCAUUUAGGGGUGAUGCCCAAAGUU